AUGAUCUAUCUAUCUAUCUAUCUAUCUAUCUAUCUAUCUAUCUCAGUCUGUUCAUAUCUAUCUAUCUAUCUAUCUCAGUCUGUUCAUAUCUAUCUAUCUUUCUAUCUAUCUAUCUAUCUCAGUCUGUUCAUAUCUAUCUAUCUUUCUAUCUAUCUAUCUAUCUAUGAAAUUGGAUUAUUUAACUUUACAUACAUAUCUAUCUAUCUCAGUCACAUUCAUAUCUAUCUAUCUAUCUCAGUCAAAUACAUAUCUAUGUAUCUAUCUAUCUCAGUCACAUUAAUAUCUAUCUAUCUAUCUCAGUCAUAUUCAUAUCUAUCUAUCUAUCUAUCUCAGUCAUAUUCAUAUCUAUCUAUCUAUCUAUCUAUCUAUCUAUCUAUCUAUCUAUUUAUCUCAGUCAUAUUCAUAUCUAUCUAUCUCAGUCAUAUUCAUAUCUAUCUAUCUAUCUAUCUAUCUCAGUCAUAUUCAUAUCUAUCUAUCUAUCUAUCUAUCUCAGUCAUAUUCAUAUCUAUCUAUCUAUCUAUCUAUCUAUCUCAUUCAUAUUCUAUCUAUCUAUCUAUCUAUCGUCUCAUCUAUCAUAUUCUAUCUCAGUAUUCAUAUCUAUCUAUCUAUCUCAGUCAUAUUCAUAUCUAUCUAUCUAUCUCUAUCAUAUUCAUAUUUAUCUCAGUCAUAUCUAUCUAUCUAUCUCAGUCAUAUUCAUAUCUAUCUAUCUAUCUCAUCUAUUCAUCUAUCUAUCUAUCUCAUAUUUCAUAUCUAUCUAUCUAUCUAUCUCAGUCAUAUUCAUAUCUAUCUAUCUAUCUAUCUAUCUAUCUAUCUAUAUCUCAGUCAUAUUCAUAUCUAUCUAUCUCAGUCAUAUUCAUAUCUAUCUAUCUAUCUAUCUAUCUCAGUCAUAUUCAUAUCUAUCUAUCUAUCUCAGUCAUAUUCAUAUCUAUCUAUCUAUCUAUCUAUCUAUCUAUCUAUCUCAGUCAUAUUCAUAUCUAUCUAUCUAUCUCAGUCAUAUUCAUAUCUAUCUAUCUAUCUAUCUCAGUCAUAUUCAUAUCUAUCUAUCUAUCUCAGUCAUAUUCAUAUCUAUCUAUCUAUCUCAGUCAUAUUCAUAUCUAUCUAUCUAUCUCAGUCAUAUUCAUAUCUAUCUAUCUAUCUAUCUAUCUAUCUAUCUCAGUCAUAUUCAUAUCUAUCUAUCUAUCUAUCUAUCUAUCUAUCUCAGUCAUAUUCAUAUCUAUCUAUCUAUCUAUCUAUCUAUCUAUCUAUCUAUCUAUCUAUCUCAGUCAUAUUCAUAUCUAUCUAUCUAUCUAUCUAUCUACCAUCUACAGUGCUGUGCAAAAGUAA